AUGAUGAACAUCACUCUCUCGCUUGCUCUGCUCUGCACGCUGCUUGUGGCCUCUGCGCACGGCUCGGUCAUCUACACCGCCUACCGCAACGCGACAGGCCAGGUGACACUCGGCUCGCUUGAGCCGACGACGGGCAAGGUGACGCCGGCUUGCGACAUUCCGCAGCCAAAGGGCCCGUAUGUGUACCCGGGCGCGUACACGACGGAGAUGGCGUAUCCGACGGAUGCGGACGAGCUGGCCCUUGUGACCAUCACCCCGUCGGGCGGCUGCAUUGGCGCGUCGACGGUCCCGUUCUCGCCGCCGGACGCCUCGGUUGUCCUUGUUGCCGAGCCGGACAAUGGCGCCGGGCGCGGCUCGUACCUCGCGAUCAACGGCUCGAUGGUCACCUUUGGCUCGAUCGACAUCAACGCCGCCACCCUCUCGCCGUCGGGCUCGAUGGCCGUCUUCUCCGACGCCGAGAUUGUGUCGUCGACCUGGGACUCGGUCAACAACAUCUUUGUCCUCACCGACGGCGUCAACAUGUACCGCGGCAGCUACCCGGCCCGCAUCUACCCCAUGCCCGAGGGCAUGACCGUCACCGCCCUCGCCUUCAACUGGCGCAACAACGGGUACUACGGCAUCAUUCUCCCCGCCACGGACGCUGACAUUGCGUACAUCGCCCAGCUCAAGCUCUCCUCGCCGGUCAAGGUGACCAAGGUCAUCGAGCUGCCCGGCUUUGGCUUUGGCACCGAGUGCGCGUCGGCAGCGACCUACGACAUCCCGUCCGGCACCAUGUUCUCGGCUUGCACCACCCCGGGCUCCGGCAACAUGCUCAUCGAGGCGAGCCUCUCCUCGAGUACCUUUACCGCACUUCCCAUGCCAGCCGACGCGCCGCUCCCGCUGUUCAUGAUCGCCGUCCGCUGACUACCAGCCGCAUCGACGAGGCCAGCGAGGUAACGCGAUAGCGUGACAGCGCGAUAGCGCGAUAGCGCGAUAAACCAGACCUGCCCAA